CCAUUCAACUUCCUGGUCACUCUCUCUCAUUCACUUUACCAAAGCAAAAACAAAAAAUUUCUAUUUACCUCUCUUUGUUAGUUCUGAGCAAUGGCACCAAAAGCAACAGGGAAAAAGCCAGCUGAGAAGAAGCCAGUAGAGGAGAAGAAGGCCGAGGGAGUUCCUGCUGAGAAGAAGCCCAAGGCCGGGAAGAAGCUCCCAAAGGAUGCUGGCAGCGCCGACAAGAAGAAGAAGAGGGCAAAGAAGAGCAUUGAAACCUACAAGAUCUACAUCUUCAAGGUGCUGAAGCAGGUGCAUCCAGAUAUCGGCAUUUCCAGCAAGUCAAUGGGUAUAAUGAACAGUUUCAUUAAUGAUAUAUUUGAGAAGCUUGCUCAGGAAUCAUCUAGAUUGGCUAGGAUCAACAAGAAGCCUACUAUCACUUCCAGGGAAAUUCAGACUGCUGUGAGACUUGUGUUGCCUGGUGAAUUGGCUAAGCACGCUGUUUCUGAAGGGACCAAGGCUGUUACCAAGUUCACUAGCUCUUAGGCUUUAAUUUGGGGAUCUUUUGGGGGUGUUUUGGGUUUAUGUAAAGGCUGGUAGUUAUUUUUGAUGUCUGGUAUGUAAUCACUUCAAAUGAUUCUGUGUUUGAUCUUGUUUUAGUUUUGUUAUAUUCUUGUGAAGCUAUUUUGGUGUUAUAUGUUUCUUCAGUUGGAAUGUGUAAGCAGAACAUGCGUGUAGUUUAUUGAUUUCAGCAAGAUCACCUCUUCAGUGGUAAUUUCAGAGAAAUGUCAAAAUUUACCAAAA